GCAUCUCCCUCUCAUCAGCAGUGUUGAAAGAAGAAAAAAUGUCAGUGCUCUCUCCUGAAAUCAAAUGUGAGACUUCUAAAGUCACCAGAAGUUCCUUUGGCAGUUGUUUUAUUUUUGAGAGUAGUUGGAAGAAAGCAGUUUUAGAAACACAAAAAAUUAAGAAAGAAUAUACCACAGCAUUUGGUCUAGGAGAGCUCAAAGAAUGUAUCAAAAUGCCAUAUUUACCAGGACUGCAAAAUUGCCAAAAAAGUGUAAGUUCAACUCCACUAGAGGUUCCUAAAAGACUGCCACAUGCUGAUGCCGAGGUGUCUGCAGUCAGGCUAAAGAAGACUAAGGAGACAUGCAGUGUGGCACCACUUUGGGAGAAAUCAAAAGGUUCUGGCUUCAGUGAUCCUCUCACUGGAGCACCAUCUCAAUACUUAGAGAGACUUUCCAAAAUAGCCAUAUUGGAAUAUGAUACCAUUCGUCAGGAAACAACCAAAAAAUCAAAAACAAGCAAGAAACGAGACCUCCGAGACUGCUGAAAAAUGUCGUACAAUGUGAUGCUGUCUUCAGUG